GGCGAUCCCCAGGGUCAACACAUGCGGUUGCUGCCCAUAGUGUGAGGUAGAGAUAGGUCUGUCGUCGGCAUGUGGCGUGGAAUUGCUUUUGUAUUUUGGUUUUUUCCAUCUCGUGAUGUGGGAGAUAGAGAUGGGUGUCAUUGAUGCAUCCCUCGUUCUUUUUUUUUUUGAUAUCUCCUCCAGCGAAAGGUCGUAGGUGUCCUGAAGAUGCGGAUAAGAGGUACAACAACAGGUCAAAACUGUACCGCGACAAGCUGUGGGCUCUCGACUGGGUCGGAGUGCCCGGCGAGCCCGGGUGCGGUGCUGUUGUAUUCUUGACGGAGAACGAAGGGACGACCUGGUACUGUUGUGGUGGCAUCAUCAGGUCUGAAGUUGACAAGGCCACGGCGGACAAGGGUAAGGUCGACGACCGAGAUUUGAGGAAAUUCUUCCUCACUUCGGUGUACGAUGAGCAGGGUACGAACUGGGUCAAGACCGACCACAAGGUCAGGCUUGGCAUUGCUCUGUUCAAGGGGUAUGGUCAGAACGCAUUCGGUAUGAAAGCCUUCAGCAGCAAUCUGGACGGGAAUGCUUCGAGGAUGCUCUUACCCAUUGAAUUCCUCACCAAGACCAAUGGGUAUAGGAGAAGUGGUCAAUACCCGACGGUCUCUGCUGGUUACCAGCUCUCCUUGCCUCUUGUGCCGUUCGACGCUCCAGGAGAAAGUCUCGCAGGCUUGUCAGCGUGCUCUAGCGAUCGGCGGCAGGAUGUCUUGACUCCGCAACCAUCUGUGUCCGCGAAGGAGAAACUCAUUACUUACCAGAGGCGUUCGAGCGGUGGGUUAUCAGGAAACGUUCCGAAGAAGAAGGUGCUCGCCAAACCACCUUCCGGUCUUCCGGGAAGCUCACGUGCCGGUAGCAGCUCGCGCUCGCGGGACACCUCUCAACGUCAAAUGGACGAGGAGUCAAGCGAGAAGACGGAGGACUAUAAACAGAUUUGCCGAUUGCAAUCCCAGUCAUUAGCCACGCGAAGGUUCACCCAGGGCGAAGGCUCUGGCGAUGUGAAUGCGGGGCGGGAGGAUAGUAGAGGUGACGAAGCCCGGGCGAGGGGCGAUGGAGAAGACGACGAGAAUGAAGGAGAAUGUGGUGGUGGGCAGGACCACAUGGAUUGCGAAAAGGCAGCGGCAAGCGGCGGGGUGCUCGGUGGUAAUGYGGGUGGUUCGGAGAUGGAAGACCAGGAGAUGGAAGAUGAGGAAAUGGAAGACGAGGAAAUGAAAGACGAAGGACAUGAUGUCGAUGUUUCCGCGGAGCUUACUUCGAAGGGGAGGGGAAAACGCACAGCGAAAUCAUCGCCAAAGCGAGCUGCGCCUAAGAAGCAGGCUCGAAGAAAAGCUUUGGAGGACGCUUGGCUCGCCUUGGAUGCAGCUGCUGGGUUGGAGAAAAGGUUCGGUGUGAAGGCAACCGAAUGGGAUGAGGAGAGGGAUAGGAUCCCUUUGGAAUAUGUCAGGAGGGUUCCUAAAAGACUCGGCGGAGAGCAAGAGGAAAAAGGCCUGAAAGGAGCUGGCCUGAAGGCCACCGCGGCGUUGUAUAGGGACGCACCUUUCCACUUCAAGUACUUCGUGUACCAUGCGAUUGGGAGAGUGGACUUGUUGACAGCAGAGUUGCGGCGGUUGAAGAACGCUCCCCUUAAUCUUAGCUGGGAGAAGAAACAGCGACGGUCGACAUUGCUACCGGUCAACAUGCAACCGAAGGAGUUGCUGCCUGCAGGCGACGAAAUUGUGACUGCGGCCACGAACUUGGAUUGCAAGGCGGCCAUCCUGGAUUUCGCCAACUCGAAGGACUGCCUUGCAUGGUCGCCAACCGAUAUCGAUGCUCUGCGCAAAAUGAUGACGAAAUUGUGCAGUAAUAAUUGGAUUCUGCUUGUAUUUGCUCCGCAAAAACAGCACAAGACCGUCAUGAAGCAACUUUACAACUGGGACGAUGCAGAGGUGCUACUCGGGACUUGGAAGCGUUAUCUCACGUUCGGAACGACUGUCAGCAAGUAUGVAAACUGGCAAGUCGAUUAUAAGGACACGAUGGCGGUCGUCCUGCAUGCUGAGGGGGGCGACCUCAGGAAGGUAACGAGGGCUCCUAAAUCGGAGGCAGAGAUAGUGGAGCUGAACGUUGAUGAGGAGCAAUUCAAGAGAUGCACAGCAAAGUACGGUGGCGAGGAAGGAAACGAACGAGAGGUGUAUGGGCGGUGGGAACGACAUCCUAAACGGUCGCAGAAAAUGUGCAGUUCGUUUCUGCACGAGGACCAAGGGGUGAUUCUUAUUGGAAAGUCGCAUGUCGGACUUGUGUGGGAGCUCCUGCGCGCUGGCCAUCAUGUUUUCGCAUGCAACUCGUCGUCAAAAGACAUUUCAUACUUGACGAAGGUCAUCGAAAUUAUCGAGAAGGAUGCGAGAAACGAAUGCACCGUUGAGAGACAGAAGACUACGCAUCGUCCUGACAGGGACAUGUACCAUAAGCUGGGCAAGAAGAGAAACAAGAUGUGGGAAUAUUUGUUCCAAGACCAACCCAAGACGCCAUUCGAGCAUGACUGCAUAGUUUGCAAAGCGAUGGCACAGGAAGCGUAUGGUGGCUACCAUAAAGCGCAAGGAGGGUCGUUUGCGAUGUUCGUUGCAAGAUGCGAACGAAUGAAGUUCGGAGGAAAUCAGGCUGACGUACGAUGGAUACAGCAAGAUUGCCAAAGAAUAUGAUGCGUGGAAUCCGAUCGAGAGCGAUGAGGAGACUGAAACCGCAGACCUCG